AUUCACUCCAUACCCUUCUAAAUUCUGCAAAUCUCCACUUCCUAAUCCUCCGUUCCUCCAUUAUCACCACCACCACACACCCCACUCCGCCCCAACCCCCCCUUUUUUCACACACACAAACGCAAAUUUACAUACACGUGCCCAGGGAAUAAUGUUGGGCAAGCGUGAGCGGCCUCCUUUUAGGAAGACAAGAAGCAUAUCAGGAAUAAAUGUUGCCGCAGAAGAAAUUCCACCGCCGUUUGAACCUCGAAAUCCGAUGAUCGGCGGUGGUGGAUUUGGAGAUGUAAUUGUGGGUCCAAGUGGAAAUGACGAAGGGUCAAUGGCGAUGAUGCCUCCGGAAUUCUAUAUGACGGCGGGUUCAGGUGAUUCCGCUGCCGUGGAGGUGGCUGAUUUCUUGAAGACCUGCGGCCUCUGCAACCGCAGUCUGCCACCGGGCCGUGAUAUCUACAUGUAUAGGGGCGAUGCAGCAUUUUGCAGCCUAGAAUGCCGAGAACAACAAAUAAAGCAAGACGAGAAGAAAGAGCGACGUGCCAUGGCGAAGAAGGUUGAUACUCAUCACAACCACUCUAAGGUGGCGGCAGGGGCAGCGGCAGCCUCAGCCUCGGACACCUCCAGCAAGAGCGAGACAGUGGCGGCAGCUUAAGGAUGGAAAUUAUGCUCACAGUCAUCAAUUAAUUGUCAAAUAUUCACUACAUAAUAGUGUGUAUUAGAUUCGUUAAUGUUUGAUGACAAGUUUAGUAAGAAAGAAUGGACGGCACUCAAUAAUAUUGCGAAUAUUAUUUGCACAUUGUAUGGUCUAGUCCAUUCAUGUUCUAUUUUGCGUAGUAUGAAUAUCUAUAUACAAAUAAGUUCAGUUAAAUUUUUAUU